UCCAGGCUUUCUUAACUCUUUCUAAUCUGUUUAAUGUCAUCAGUUGGCGGCUCAGUCGAGGGUGUGUACCAACAUCAGGAAGAUCCCGUAGGGGAAAGGGAAGCGAGCGGAGCCCCGCCGUCCUUUGUGGUGCCCCCGAGAAGAGCCACUGUGGCAAUUACUACCGCUCCUAUACGUCCCGAUAGCGCCGACUCGGAGACCUUAUCGGAAGGCGAUGAUGACAGGAUGCGGUUGAGGUCAAAUCGUCGUCCAAGUGCUCCUGCCUCUAGGAUGGGUGAAGGUGGCGGUGGUGGAAUGUUGAUGCCGACGAGGCGUUCCACAGUAGCUGCCACCAGCAGUAGUAGCUUCCAAUCCCCUAGAGGCAGGGCCAGGGCUACUUCGGGUGCCAGCGGUUCCUCCUAUCCCCCAACAGACUACAACGAUCCACAGCUUGCCACACGGACACUCAUGGUGUAUCGCUUCCCUAGGGAGGCUCAGGAGGUUGAUCUAGCGUGUCGUUUCGGGGCUUUCGGCCCUAUUGAACACGUGAAGGUUGUGUAUGAUCCAGUGACGCACCUCCCGCGCUGUUACGGCUUUGUCCGCUUCUGUUAUCGGGAGAGUUGCAUUUCGGCAUUGAGGGCCUGUGAGGAGGGCAAAAUAAUGAUGGAUGACCCUUUUGGGAGAACAUGGCACUUCGAAGCGAAGUGGGCACGUAAUGCUCGUGCAGCUGGUGAGAUCGAUAGGAGUGGUACCGAGAAGGAACCUCAGCCGCCUCUACCUGUGCCCAUUAGGGGCCAUAGUGGAGAUUCUUCUAUCGACGAGAGUCGCGGGGGGUCACUACUGCCGAGUCCAGCGAAGGAUGGUAACGGCAAGUCUAGCUCUGAUGAGUCCACGCACAGGCCGACGGCCCCCCAGUCAGAGGGGCCUUCUAGUGGGGCGACUCCGGGGCCGCCGGAUCCCUUCGCAGCCCUUAGUGAUGCUGACUUGGCCCUCAUCAAUGCUGCCGCGUCUCCUGUGGUCACUGGGAUGGUGCCGGAGGUCCAUGGUUCGAAUCUCGGCGACGACAACUCUGUACAAGCUCUUUCCGCCAAGGCUCUCGAAGAAGCGGAGAACCUAGCGACCUCCACUGCAGCGGCAGCGGCGGCAGCGGCAGCCAUCGGGCAGGGUGGUACCACACAGGCGGAGUUGGCUAGACUCAUCGAGACCGUAUUCAGGGCCGUGCGUAGUAGUGCUUUGACGCAUCUUACUGGUGGUGUACUCGGACACUCAGGAGGAACUCCUCCAUCACAUAACGCUACAGUGAUGCAUGACUUCCUAUCCUCUAUGGUGAUGGAGGAGGAUGAUACUCCUACUGCUGGUGGACCAGCUUCGGCCAGAGGGGCGACCAACAACAGCACUAGAUAGUUUGCUGUUGCCCGCCGUGUUAUGCUGUCCUCUAUGGACGUAUGUUAUCAUUUCUUAUAGAACCAUCAUCAUGAUAAUAAUGUCUUGUAGAGAAUCCGAACUCACUUGCGCUCACCUUCGUUUCUAUACCAGACGUGUCUCUCCCCUUUUGACGAAGUAGUAGUAAUGACCGUCUGAGUGGUUAUAAAGUUGAUGAUGGUCACCAUCCCCUCGAUGUUGGCCUCGAGCGCUCCCGUUGAAGACUACGGCUGCGAAUAUGUUGGUCGCAUGAGCCUUAUGGCAAUAUUGUUCGGUGAAUCAUUCUUCGACCAUGUGGUGGUAUUGGUCUCAUCAAUCAAUUUCCUGGUUACUGCCUGGUCGGCUGUCUCCUUCAUCCUCGUUUUAUGCUUCUUUC